AUGCGACUUUUCCGUCUCAGGUUUUUGACCAACGGACUGCGCUCAGGUGUGCGAAGCUUACUGCGUCUAGCUCGUAGCUUAUUUCCCCGCAUCUCAGCGAAGAUCCAGGAGAUCGUAUACCUCAUCUAUUCCCGGACCGGAAAACCAUAUGGGCGGCUCGGCGUAACGCAUGCCGAGCGCUCUAUAGUACACGAAAUGGUGUCGAAAUUCUCCCAAGAACAUGUAAUACGAAGGCACAACCUGCUGCAUCUUGAGGACGACUUGACAAGCUAUCCGCGUCUCGUUGUCCUCCGCGGCAACGGGACGAAUGUCAUCUUCGAUUUCGGUAUUGAAGUCGGUGGCAUCGCUUCUAUCUCAUACACCAGCAACGGGACCGGUGCCAUUGGCCUUGCGUUUUCCGAAGCGUCGACAUGGGUAGGUGAAUGGUCUGACGCAUCGAACGGGAAGUUCGCUGGUCGCGAUGGUGCGUUAUAUGUCAACAUCAGCACUGUCGGCCCAGGGACAUACACUAUGCCAGAUGAGGUAAUGCGAGGAGGCUUUCGAUAUAUGACGGCUUUCCUUGUCACGGAAGGCGGUACCUACGUCAACGUCACAGACGUGCAGCUUGAGAUAAGCUUUCAACCUACGUGGUCAAACCUAGAGGCUUAUCAAGGAUUUUUCGAUUCCAACGAUGAACUGCUGAACAGAAUUUGGUAUGCAGGCGCAUAUACGCUCCAGACUAACGCCGUACCCACCAACACGGGACGUUGGGUCCCCAUGCUCGCGAACGGGUGGGCCAACAAUGGCACUCUAGGUCCAGGCGAUACCAUCAUUGUUGAUGGAGCGAAACGAGAUCGUGCCGUAUGGCCAGGCGACAUGGGUAUUGCUGUUCCCUCCACCUUUGUCAGUACCGGGGAUCUCGCCAGCGUUAAGAACGCACUGCAAGUCAUGUUCGACUACCAGAAUCCGGAUGGUUCAUUCCCUGAAGCUGGCCCACCGCUUUUACAGCAAAACAGCGAUACGUAUCAUAUGUGGACAAUGAUCGGUACCUACAACUACAUGCUAUACACGGACGACGCAGCCUUUGUGCAGAAGAACUGGGCCAAGUACCAAAAGGCUAUGGAGUACAUAUACGCCAAAGUCCAAGUCGAGACAUCUGGCCUCUUCAAUCAAACCGGCACCAGGGACUGGGCGCGCUGGCAAACUGGAUUCAACAAUACGGAAGCAAAUGGCAUUCUAUACCACACUCUACAAACCGGUGCUAAACUCGCUACAUGGCUCAACGAAAGCAGUUCCAACAAUUUCGCAGCAACUUGGACGUCGCGCGCCACCGCCCUUCAAACAGCUAUUCUCACCCACUGUUUCGACUCCACCUACGGCGCCUUCCGCGACAACGCCACCUUGACGACCCUCCACCCCCAAGACGCAAACAGCAUGGCCAUCCUCUUCGACCUCAUCCCACCCUCCUCCCAAACCGCCCAAGACAUCUCCACAGCCCUAACAAAAAACUGGACGCCCAUCGGCGCCGAAGCCCCCGAACUCCCCGGCAACAUAUCCCCCUUCAUCUCCAGCUUCGAAAUCCAAGCCCACUUCACACUCACCAACCCAACAGGUACAACCCGCGCCCUCGAACUCAUACGCCGAAGCUGGGGCUGGUAUGCUAACCAUCGUAACGGUACUGGCUCGACGGUUAUAGAGGGGUAUAGGACGAAUGGGACGUUUGGGUAUAGACAGGAGAGGGGGUAUGGGUAUGAUCCGAGUUAUGUGAGUCAUGCUCAUGGGUGGAGUUCGGGGCCUACGUCUGCGCUUACGGAGUUUGUGGUGGGUUUGAGGGUGGUGGAACCAGCGGGGAGGAGGUGGAUUGUUGAGCCUAGGUUUGGGGAUUUGAUGAGGGCGCAGGCGGGCUUUGUUACGGGGCUGGGGAAGUUUAGAGUGGGGUGGGAGAAGGAUAAGGGUGGAGCUGGGUACGGAGUGGUGGUUGAGACGCCGGUGGGGACAAAGGGUGUAGUGAGGCUUCCGGUAGAUGGGUUGGGUGGGAAUGCGACGGUCCUAGUUGAUGGGGAAGUGCUUGGCAAGGAGCAGUAUCGGGAAGAAGAUGGACGUGUGGUGUUCGAUCUUGGAGGAGGAGUAUACGACAUACGGGUUAGCAUGUAA